GCCUCUUUGUUGCUUCCCUUCGUUUGGGGCAUCUUUGUGUUUCCCCCCGCCUGCUCCACUGGAGACCGCGGAAUCCACUGCCACAGAUCCACUGCAUCCCCUGAGGCAGCUUAUGGGACCCUUCCCUGGGCGCCCCAGCUCACACCGCAUGGGAUGGCAAUGACACGUGGAAGGAAGAGGCCCAUGUCCCCCAUCCCUUGCCUCAUGCUUGCGGCUGCCAGCUGUUUUGCCAAACUGAGUGAAUCUCUGCAGGUCACAGUGCAUCCUGCUUCUAUUGUCCAAAAACUUGGGGGCCCAGUCAGCCUGGGCUGUGUGGUGGAUCCCCCCCGAGUGAACCUCACGUGGAGACUGAACGGGAAGGAGCUGGCUGGAUCAGACGAGAUGCUGGGUAUCCACGUGGAGCGAGGGAAGCUCAUCAUCACGGCUCUCAACAACCGCACUGUGGGGAGAUACCAGUGCAUCGCUCGUGUGCCUGAAGGAGUCAUUGCCAGUGUCCCUGCAGUGGUCACCUUAGCUAAUCUCAAAGAUUUCAAGUUUGAUGGCCAGCAUGUGAUUGAGGUGGAUGAAGGGAACACAGCCGUGAUUGCCUGUGACCUGCCUGAAAGUCACCCCAAGGCUCAGGUCCGCUACAGUGUGAAGCAGGAGUGGCUGGAGGCCUCCCGAGACAAUUAUCUUAUCAUGCCAUCUGGGAACCUUCAGAUUGUUAAUGCCAGCCAGGAGGAUGAGGGGACUUACAAAUGUGCUGCCUACAACCCCGUGACACAGGAGGUGAAAACUUCAGUCUCCAGUGAGAGGCUCCGUGUGAGACGCUCCACAGCAGAGGCAGCCCGGAUAAUCUACCCUCCUGAGGCUCAGACCAUCAUUGUCACCAAGGGCCAGAGCCUCAUUCUGGAGUGUGUGGCCAGCGGGAUCCCCCCACCACGGGUCACCUGGGCCAAGGAUGGCUCUGGAGUCUCCGCCUACAACAAGACGCGCUUCCUGCUCAGCAACCUCCUGAUCGACCCCACGAGCGAGGAGGACUCGGGCACCUACAGCUGCACGGCUGACAAUGGCGUUGGGGAGGCCGGGGCUGCGUUCAUCUUCUACAACGUGCAGGUGUUUGAACCCCCGGAGGUCACCAUGGAGCUGUCCCAGCAGAUCAUUCCCUGGGGCCAGAGCGCCAAGUUCACGUGCAAGGUGCGAGGGAACCCACAGCCCUCGGUGAUGUGGCUGCGCAACGCGGUGCCGCUGUCGGGCAGCCACCGGCUGCGGCUGUCGCGCCGGGCGCUGCGGCUGCUCAGCGUGGGGCCCGAGGAUGAGGGCAUCUACCAGUGCAUGGCCGAGAACGAGGUGGGCAGUGCCCAAGCCAUGGUGCAGCUGAGGACAGCCCGGCCGGGAGCUCCACUCAACCCCGGGCGAGAUGCCCAGCCGGACUCGGCUCAGCCUCCAACUCCACCUUCCAGGGACAGCACCUUAAAGCUGCCCUUGGAUAAAGCUGGACUGCCAAAGCCUGAGACAACCCCUCUAGCAGCAUCUCCACAGUGUACAGCCAACAAGGAGCUGGUGACUCCAGCCGAAGCCCCCAUCAUCCUCAGUUCUCCACGGACAUCCAAGACGGACAGCUAUGACCUGGUGUGGAGACCCCGGCCUGACAGCAGAGCCCCCAUCCUCUAUUACGUGGUGAAGCAUCGCAAGCAGGUCACCAACGCCUCGGACAGCUGGGCCGUGAGGGAUGUCCCAGCCUCGCAGCACCGCCUGACCCUCACCAGGCUGGACCCUGGGAGCCUCUACGAGGUGGAGAUGGCUGCUCACAACUGUGCUGGCGAGGGACAGACGGCCAUGGUGACCUUCCGCACCGGCCGGCGCCCAAAGCCAGAGAUUGUUGCCAGCAAAGAGCAGCAGAUCCAGAGGGAUGACCCAGGCACGAGCACUCAGAGCAGUAACCAGGCCGACAACAGCCGUCUGUCCCCUCCAGAGGCACCAGACCGUCCAACCAUCUCCAUGGCAUCAGAGACAUCUGUGUAUGUGACCUGGAUCCCCCGUGGGAAUGGUGGGUUCCCCAUCCAGUCUUUCCGCGUGGAGUAUAAGAAAUUGAAGAAGUUGGGAGACUGGGUCCUGGCCACCAGGGACAUUCCUCCCUCUCGCCUCUCUGUGGAAAUCCCAGGCCUGGAGAAAGGCACAUCCUAUAAAUUCCGUGUCCGGGCGCUGAACAUCCUGGGAGAGAGCGAGCCCAGCGCAGCGUCUCGGCCGUACGUGGUGUCUGGCUACAGCAACCGCGUCUACGAGCGCCCCGUGGCCGGGCCCUACAUCACCUUCACGGACGCCAUCAACGAGACCACCAUCAUGCUCAAGUGGAUGUACAUCCCAGCCAGCAACAACAACACUCCCAUCCAUGGAUUUUAUAUCUACUACCGCCCCACUGACAGUGACAAUGACAGCGACUACAAGAAGGACGUGGUGGAAGGAGAUCGGUACUGGCACUCCAUCAGCCACCUGCAGCCAGAGACCUCGUAUGACAUUAAGAUGCAGUGCUUCAAUGAGGGAGGCGAAAGCGAGUUCAGCAACGUGAUGAUCUGUGAAACCAAAGCUCGGAAGUCUCUUGGUCUGCCAGGUCGUCUUCCACCCUCCACAGUGCCCCCUCAGCAGCGUCCCCCACUCAGUGGUGGGCACAGUGGCCUGGGGACAGGAGCCAUGGUGGCUCGUUCCAGCGACUUGCCAUACUUGAUUGUAGGCGUUGUACUGGGAUCCAUCGUACUCCUCAUCGUGGCUUUCAUCCCCUUUUGCCUUUGGAGAGCUUGGUCCAAGCAGAAACAAACCAUUGACAUGAGCUUCCCAGGAGCUGGGCUGCUGGUGUCAUCCUGCCAGUACACCAUGGUGCCACUGAGAGGCAUCUCUGCUCCUCGUGCCAAUGGACAUCCCUUUGUUAAUGGGCAGCCCUAUGCCAGCAGGGCACAUCUGAAUGGCAUCUGUGCCUCUGCAGGAGUGGGGUACACAAGCACCAAGCCCCGAGAUUACAGCCCAGAUGAAGUGCCACAGUCACAGGAGGAGACCAACGCCUUGCUGCAGGCAAGAGUGCUGCAGAAUGGGAGUGCCCAGCAAGACUACCAGCCCUCCAGAUUGCCCAGCUCCAGAACAGAAGACAGCUCUUUCCUCUACAGUCUCCCAGAUGACUCCACUCACCAGCUUCUUCACCCACAAGAUGACUGUCCUCACCUUCAAGAGCACUUUGUUGGCCUCCAUCAUCCAGUGAUGGGAAGCAAAGUGGGAGGCCCUAGCCUGGAUGCUCGACGGGAUACCCUCUUCCACCAAGGAAGCCCAUGCUGCUUAGGCCUAGUGCCAGUUGAAGAGGUAGAAAGACUAGAUUGCUGCCAGUCCAGAGGAGAUCUCCAUGCCCAGAAUCCAGCGAUCACAGCUUUGGGUCAGGACCUACCAAGACAUCUGAACAGCAGCCCUCCACCACUGAGACCCUCAGAGACUCAUCCUCCCACCAGCUAGGGACCAAGCUGCCUUUUGCAAAAGACUUAUUC